UACCUUUUUGCACAAAAGUUGUACAUUGAAACCCUUCAGUACAGUUUUUGACAAGGAUGGUAACGCUGUUUUUCAAGUUCACUUCGCAAUCGUGUUUUUGGCCUUUUGGGCCGCUGCAUUCGUAACAUUCUAAGCCAAACGCUAUAUGGAAAAUUUAUGCAUUAGAUAUCAAAAAUUAAUCAGUAGAUAAGACUUACCUGUCCCAAAAAUAACCAACAAACAUGCUAAACCGCAAAUAAGUUUUCCAAUCAUUUUCACUCUGGUUGGCAACGAAAUUAUCUUUAUAUAACUGCCGGGUGUUAUAAGUUACUACUUUAACAGCUAAUUGAAUAAUAAUUAUAGAAAUGCUCAUAUCUCACACCUUGGGAGAUAAAGAUUAUCUUGUUCAAAUAACAUAAAAUAUCACAUGCGCCAUUGAUUUUUGUUUGUACCUACAUUGCUAUUGCAGGUUCUAGGGCGUUGUUUCUUUGUUAGAAAUUCGGGAUGGCAAAUCUUUCGGGAUCCCCUGAUGUACAUUGACCCACUCAUCAUCACAACUAGGUAUUAAAAAAGCUUAUUGAUAAUUUUUCAAAAAUUGAAUUGGAUUUACAAGUAGGUAAUACAAAGAUAAAGAAAUCAAAAAUGCAUUUAUCUAGUUUCUAGUUGCACAAAACUGGAUAUAAAUACGUUAAAAUCACAUCAAAUCUCCAAUUAUUGUAUUGAUUCAAAAUCAAAAUGAAGUCUCUCCUGAUUUCAGUUUUCUCUCUUGUCAUUUUGUACCUAGUGUGCGAUUCUAGUGAAGCCUUAACAUGCUACAGUUGUGCAGGCAAAGGUGCAGCAUGUCCAGUAUCACCGACGCAGCUCCAAUUGAAAAAUAUGACCCUUGUCGAUUGUCAGAGCGUCCUCAGUACAAAUUGCGCUAAAUAUUCUGUCAAUUUACUCAAUGGAGAAGCUUACACUUACAGGGCCUGUGAGCCUACCUACAUAGGAGGAACCAACUCACAAAAUGCAACUCCAUUUUGUAAUUUUGUUACGACCCUCUACAAUCCAUUUAUUACUGAAAGACUUGUAGCUGGUUCUACUUGUACAGUUUGCCAAACAACCGAGUGCAACACAUAAAGAAAUUAUGUUAAAAUUUAAUAACCAAAUAAAUAUUUAAUCAAUAAAUUGGACUAAUGUUUACAAAUACCCUAUAAAAAUAAUUAGUGAAACUAAUAAAACUAAAGAUCCUUUAUAAAAAGUUCCAGAAUUGCAAAGAUUCUGAUCGGAGCAAGUGGAACAUUCCAAAAGU